CAGCCUCCCUAUUAGCUGGUUCAAUGUGGUGGCAUUCUGAUUAUAGGGAUAUACAAGACAGGCUUGGCCUCCUCUUCUUCAUUUCCAUCUUUUGGGGUGUUUUCCCAUCGUUUAAUGCUGUUUUCGCGUUCCCUCAAGAACGUGCUAUAUUCAUGAAGGAAAGGGCUUCGGGUAUGUACACACUCUCCUCUUAUUUCAUGGCGCGAAUUGUUGGAGAUCUACCUAUGGACCUUAUCUUGCCUACAUUGUUUCUUACCAUAACGUAUUGGAUGGCCGGGCUAAAGCCACAACUCUUGGCAUUCCUUUUGACACUACUAGUCCUGUUGAGCUACGUGAUAGUGUCACAAGGCCUCGGCCUAGCUCUUGGCGCUAUAAUCAUGGAUGCUAAACAAGCUUCAACCGUGAUCACUGUCACGAUGCUAGCAUUUGUUCUAACAGGAGGGUUCUACGUACACAAAGUGCCAGCUUGUCUAGCUUGGAUCAAGUACAUUUCAACCACAUUUUACAGUUAUCGACUACUUAUCGAUGUCCAAUUUGGCGAAGGCAAGGAAAUUUCAGACUUGCUAGGCUGCUCACAUAUUCAAGGAAGUGACAGAGCUAACUGCAAAUUUAUUGAACAAGAUAUCAUGGGCCAAAUUCAUCCAUCCAUGAGCCUUGGAAUCCUUCUGAUAAUGUUUGUUGGAUAUCGAUUAAUCGCUUACCUUGCAUUGAGGCGAAUUCGAGCAUAAACAAAGGGAUAAUGGGAAGUUUCUGACUUUAUUAGAUGAUGAAAUGUGUUAGCUAGCUUUGUGGGAAUACUAUUUAUAGUUGUUGAGUACUGUGACUGACAAAGCUGGGGAAAAUUCAAAGUGUAUUAUAAGAGGGAAAAGUCCUGAGAGAUGUUGUAAUUCACUUGCACCUAAAACUGGUGAAAGGCCAGAAUUCAUUGUUGUAACUCAUAUUGAGUACAAUUAAUGGUACUCAAAAACAGGAGUUUCACUCCAAUGAAAUGGAAAUUUAAUUUCUUCA